AAUAUUUAAUUUUAAUCAUAAGACUUUAAUGACUGCAAUACUGCAAUAGUUCUAUAUCUGAUAUCAUUAAUUCAUAAUAAGUACUAUAAGUUAUGAUUCAUAUUAACAGUAAAUACUAAAUAGUAAUAAUUAAUAAUACAAUUAAAACGAAUUGGUAUUAUAGCAUAGAACAUUAAUGUUCUAUGGUAUUAGCGACUUAUCGAAAAUAAGUCAGAUAGAAAUAUACAAUUAAUACAACAGCAUACCAGUGAACGGCGGGCGUUGCUCUUAAAUGUUUGCUGGUCGAAAAUUAUUUCAACAGACAAUCACGUUAUUCGCCCAAGUCAAAAUGGUUUCGUCGAGUUCUUCUGGUUUUCGAGUGGCCUUACUGCAGUUGACUGUCACAGCCGAUAAGUCGACAAAUGUGGCCAAUGCCAUAAAACGUGUACAGCAAGCCAAACUGAAUGGCUGCACAUUAGCCAUAUUACCAGAAUGUUUUAACUCUCCAUAUAACACUGCUUUGUUCAGAGAAUACUCGGAAGUUAUUCCUGGAGGUGAUACAUGUGAAGCUUUGUCUCAAGCUGCCAAAUCAAAUGAAAUGUAUAUUGUAGGUGGUUCGAUCCCAGAGAUAUGUGAUGACAAAGUGUACAACACGUGUACAGUUUGGGAUCCGAAUGGAAACCUGAUAGCCAAACAUAGAAAAGUGCAUUUAUUUGAUAUAAAUAUUCCUGGUGGGGUUUGCUUCAAAGAAUCUGAUGCUCUAGCAGCUGGGAAUACACUAAAUACAUUUCAGUUGGGAAAAUUUAAAAUUGGUCUAGGGAUCUGCUAUGAUAUACGAUUUGCAGAAAUGGCAGCAAUAUACCGAAAACAAGGUUGUGAUAUGUUAAUCUACCCCAGUGCCUUUAAUAUGACAACUGGGCCUUUACAUUGGAGUCUAUUAAUUAGAUGCCGAGCAGUAGACAAUCAGGCAUUUGUAGCUGUUGCUUCACCAGCCAGAGUUACAGAUUCUAAUUAUGUGGCAUGGGGUCAUUCAAUGGUUGUCGAUCCAUGGGGUAAAAUUUUAGAAGAAGCGUCUGAAAAAGAUAUGGAUUUAUAUGUAGAUCUUGACUUUGGUGAUCGGGAAAACAUGAGACAGCAAAUACCCACUGAAAAUCAAAGAAGAACUGACUUGUAUGAUACAAUUGAUUUGAAGAACAAAGUUUGAGUUUCAGAUGUCCGUUUAUAUUAAAAUAAAAUAUUACUACCAAAUUAUUCUGAAACAUGAGUAAAUAAAAUGUGAUAAUUAAUAACCAUGUGGAAAUAAAUACUAUAAUAGUUAAUAUAUUAUGUUUAGAUUGAUCAUACAAUAUAUAAUUAAAUAAUAUUUCAACCAUUA